CCCCCAGCAUCCAGUCGAGUCGUGCGGUCCAUCCCGUCACGUCGCGUACACCGACACCCCGACACCGACCUGCCCUGGGCAUUUGACAGCCGCUGCUGUUGCAGAUUGACCCGAAGCUUAGUAAAAAGAGUUUUCAUUGUGUGUCGUCGUUGCUGCUUAGACUGAGGAAGUGAGCAGCUCAAAACAGAGGGGCUUUACAACUAUGUUUUCACUUCUUUUCCUUGUUGUUUUCCUUCCUGGACUGAGUGGUGCAGACACGGGGGAACAGCUUCCCCGUUAUAUUCAUCAAUGUAGCCGCCGCGACCCUAAGCUAAACGCGUGCUACGUGGAGGCCCUCAUGCACAUCAGGCCGUGGUUGGCACAAGGUAUCCCGGAAAUAUCUGUUCCCUCCACGGAGCCUUUCCGCCUGUCGGAGCUGUCGCUCUCCCUGACCGAGGGUCCAAAGGGGUACAGGAUCACUUUGCGCGACAUGGACGUAACGGGCGUCAGCAACUACACCGUCCGCGACUUGAGCUUCGGCAACGCCGGCGUCUUCUCCCUGGAGGUGGCCAUUGCGGAGCUGUCGCUGGUCGCCAACUACUCGAGCUCGGGCGUGCUCAUCAUCGUGCCCGCCUCCGGCCGCGGCACGCUGUACGGCUCGCUCGGGAGCGUGCGCGCCCACCUGCGCGGCACGGCGCACACCAGCGCGGGCGUGGACCGGGGCGUGCAGCGCGCCAACUUCGUGCACGUCGACAGGCUCAACGUGGACCUCAAGGUCCGCGACGUAAAGAUGCGCAUCGAGCGGGGGCCCGGCGAGAACCCCAUCAUUGCUCAAGCCACCAACCUCCUCCUGCGGUCAAGUGGACACUUGGUCCUUGACGCAAUGAUGCCUGAGCUGCGCCUCAAGCUGGCUGACGUCUUCCUGAACAUCGCCAACAACAUUUUCAGUAAAGUACCUGUUGAGAGCUUAUUAAAAGACUAGAUUUCAUCUAUUAUGCUUCACGUGAUAUUCAAUAUGCCAAAGUAUUUGUCGUAAUCAUUGUGUAAUAUUUAGACUGGAAUUUUUAAUUCGGCUGCAACAUUUGACUUUUGAAAUUGAGUAACAUUUUAUUUUAUUACCAAAGUGACAAAGACAAUAAAUAAUUCAAGACUGAUAUUUUAAA